GGAGGCGGGCUGCAGGAACAGCAGGGGACUUAAAGCUCCCGGGUGUCUUCUCCGACCCAAGCGCAGCCCCCGCCCAGAACCGCCCCGCCUCCCGCCUCCCGCGCCGGCCAUUGGCGGGUCCGAAAGACGCGGGGCGUUGUCGGUUUGAAUGGGAGCGACCGGGACUGGCGCGCCUGCGCAGAGGGGAGCGGUAGCAGCCCGUCGGCAGCGCGAGGACCCCUGAGCCGCGAGGACGAGCGCGGAGGAGAGCGGAGCGGGGGCGGCCUGGGGUCACGUGACCCUCGGGGCAGGGGGGGGGCGGCGGGCGCAGAGUCCUCGCCGGGGGAGGGGCCGAGUGGCUCCAGGUCGCUGCUGCUUUGCCUUGUCCGCGGGGCUUCCCAGAUUCGCCGGCCGGGGGCAGAAAUGUUGCUGAAGUGCUGCUGAAAGGGCCUGAGAUGCAAGGAUUUGGGACACAUGUUGAACCUUUAAGCUGUCUGACAUUGACCUUCUUUCAUUAUUAAUAAAGAAGAAGCAGGCGCUUAGGAUGUAUUAACACCAACUAUUAAUAUACUAACUGGACUGUGUUCUGCGAACAAUUCUACAUUGUAAAGAGCUGGAUUGACACUCAAUAAAAUAAUUUCAUAUUUUGCUCAGCUUAUAAUAUGACUCUAUGGAGAAAAAUUUGAUAAGCAUGAGGGAAGACCAUUCUUUUCAUGUUCGUUACAGAAUGGAAGCUUCUUGCCUAGAACUGGCCUUGGAAGGGGAGCGUCUGUGUAAGUCAGGAGACUGCCGUGCUGGUGUGUCUUUCUUUGAGGCAGCGGUUCAAGUUGGAACUGAAGAUCUAAAGACACUAAGUGCUAUCUACAGUCAGUUGGGCAAUGCAUAUUUCUAUUUGCAUAAUUAUGACAAAGCAUUAGAAUACCAUCACCAUGAUUUAACUCUUGCAAGGACUAUUGGCGAUCAGUUGGGGGAAGCCAAAGCUAGUGGUAAUCUGGGAAAUACUUUGAAAGUCCUUGGAAAUUUUGAUGAAGCUGUAGUUUGUUGUCAGCGACACCUGGAUAUUUCCAGAGAGCUUAAUGACAAGGUGGGAGAAGCAAGAGCACUUUAUAAUCUUGGAAAUGUGUAUCAUGCCAAAGGAAAAAGUUUUGGCUGCCCUGGUCCUCAAGAUGUUGGAGAAUUUCCAGAAGAAGUAAGAAGUGCUCUGCAGGCAGCUGUGGACUAUUAUGAGGAAAACCUCUCACUUGUGACUGCACUGGGUGACCGAGCAGCCCAAGGCCGUGCCUUUGGAAAUCUUGGUAACACACAUUACCUCCUGGGCAACUUCAGAGAUGCAGUCAUAGCUCAUGAGCAGCGACUCCUUAUUGCAAAAGAAUUUGGAGAUAAAGCAGCUGAAAGAAGAGCAUAUAGCAACCUUGGAAAUGCAUAUAUCUUUCUUGGUGAAUUUGAAACGGCCUCUGAAUAUUACAAGAAGACGCUACUAUUAGCUCGACAACUUAAAGACAGAGCUGUAGAAGCUCAGUCUUGUUACAGUCUUGGAAACACCUAUACUUUACUUCAAGACUAUGAAAAAGCUAUUGAUUAUCAUCUGAAGCACUUAGCAAUUGCUCAAGAGCUAAAUGAUAGAAUUGGUGAAGGAAGAGCAUGUUGGAGUUUAGGAAAUGCUUACACAGCUCUAGGAAAUCAUGACCAAGCAAUGCAUUUUGCUGAAAAACACUUGGAAAUUUCCAGAGAGGUUGGAGAUCGAGGUGGUGAACUAACAGCACGACUGAAUCUCUCAGAUCUUCAAAUGGUUCUUGGUCUCAGCUAUAGUACAAAUAACUCAAUAAUGUCUGAAAAUAUUGAAAUUGAUAACAACUUACAUGGUGCACGUCCCAAGUCUGCACGCCGACACAGUAUGGAAAACAUGGAACUCAUGAAGUUAACACCAGAAAAGGUACAGAACUGGAACAGUGAAAUUCUUGCUAAACAAAAACCCUUAAUCGCCAAGCCUUCUGCAAAGCUACUCUUUGUCAACAGAUUGAGGGGGAAAAAAUAUAAAACCAGUUCCACUAAAGUUCUCCAAGACACCAGUAAUUCCAUUGAUCACCGGAUUCCAAAUUCUCAGAGGAAAAUUAGUGCAGAUACCAUUGGAGAUGAAGGGUUCUUUGACCUAUUAAGCCGAUUUCAAAGCAACCGGAUGGAUGAUCAGAGGUGCUGCUUAAAAGAAAAGAACCACAGAGCAGCUUCAACAGCAGCAGCUUCCACUCCUCCCAAAAGGAUGUUGAAAACACCAUCUGGCUCUGUGACGUCCCCCAACACAGAUGAGUUUUUAGAUCUCCUUGCUAGCUCACAGAGCCGCCGUCUGGAUGACCAGAGGGCCAGUUUUAGCAACUUGCCAGGACUUCGUUUAACACAAAAUAACAACCGUUCUGUACUUGGCCAUCUGAUGACCAGUGACCGCAAAGAGCCUGAUGAAGAUUUCUUCAACAUCCUUGUAAAAUGUCAAGGAUCCAGACUGGAUGAUCAGAGAUGUGCUCCACCACCCACGGCCACAAAGGGACCCACGGUACCAGAUGAAGACUUUUUUAGCCUUAUUUUACGGUCUCAGGCAAAAAGAAUGGAUGAACAACGAGUUCUUUUACAAAGAGAUCAAAACAGAGACAAUGAAUUUGGGCUAAAGGACCUAUUGCAGUGUAAUUCUUUAUUUGAAUUUAAAAAAGGAGGGAAAAAAUGAGCAAAUCACUAGUUACCGUGGAUGUUUUUUUAAGCAGCCUUAUAUUUCCUUUCAGAAUACUGCAGGGAAAUUCAAAAUAUUUUUUUUUCCUUAAAAGGAGAAAUGAUAGCACUGUAAUACAGCUUACAAUGUUUGAGAACCAUGUAAAUAUUUACCCUUGACUAGUGUUAAUAUUCCUCUAGACACUCUUUUCAGGGUGGAGGUGUCUUGAAAGGUGCUUCAUCAACUUUCAUGACUACUAUUUGGGAUUGUGCUCUUUUGCAACAUGGUAGAUUUCUUUAGCUAGUGUUUGUAAAGUAGGAUGUUAAAUGAAUCUUAUAGAAUUUCAUCUUGCUGAAAUAUUUUAAAAUCUUAGUUGACAGUGGCUUUUUAAAUACCUAACCAUGAAUUUGGUGAAGAAUUAUGGUAAGUAACAUAUUGGGACCAACAUGCAAAAGUUAGUCAUUGUGGGUGGACAGAGGGUGCAGCAGUGCUUGGUUUUUCCUUCCUCGCAAAGACUGUGGAAGUUGAGCUGGGUAUGUAGCUUAAAAGCAUCAUGCACAUUAAAGACCCUGUGUUUAUCCCCCCCGCAUUGCAUUUUAGGAAGAACUAUUUUUAGGCCAAAACCACUAUAAAAUAAAAAAUAAAUUACUUCUA